UUAUAUUUUGGUGCGUGGAUUCUUUAUCAAUGAAGAGUGCAUCUUGAAACACAAAAGUUCGUAGGAAAUAGCGAAAUCUUUUCAAUUUCGAUAUGUGAUUGCACAAAUUUACGUUAUGUUGAAAUAGUUCAAGUUUACCAAUAACCAAAAACAUGGAAGCAGAAGAAAAACCUCGGGAAGCAAAGAAAUCCACCAAACGCGAUGUCUUAUCUAGCGCCGUUAUAGACAUAGAAAGAGCUUUGAACGAGGUUACUUUUCCCGAAGUGCCUAAAGACCCCUUAGAAGACUUGAAAGAUGAUGAAGAUUCUUUCGAAGGAGAAGCUGAGCACAUGAAUGUGCUUACGCAACCUGAGCCCGAAUCUUUAGAAGACCUUCAAAGUUGCGAAGAAAUCACAGAAACUGUACCAAUUGACGACUGUAUCGAUGCGAUUGCUAGCUUAAAUGAUAGUUUUACUUCGAAUACGGAUGAAAAACCUGAUGUGUAUCCGCCAUCAGCUCCGUUUGGUGGCGUAGAAUCGUCGCAGUUCAACUACCCUGACCAAAGUGUUUUUGGUAACAAAGCAGAUAGAAUAUGUUAUCCGGAUUUAAUUGCUCAGAUUUCCAUGAACGUCAGCCAGUAUAAAAGCAACGCUGAAAAACUGGCACCGUUUACGCCAGCUGAAAUGGCAGCUCAUUAUUGCAACCAAGAACUUCACAAUUACGAUGUGUUUGUGAAUAACUUCAUUGAAGUAGAAUUUAAAAGUGGUAGCGUAGUUAGGCAACCUUUGCACGAGUUAUUAAUACAAUAUUUAACGUGUCGAGAUAACCUUUGUAAGAAUGGAAUAGAGUUUGAUACUCUGAUAAACGAUUAUAAACAGUAUCAAGAAAAAAUCUGGAACUCUCACACUUCAUCGUACACAGAACACGGAGAGUGUCAGGAUGGAAAUGGUGUUUCUGCAACGCAUCAUUAUAAAGUUUCUCAUUUCAACGAAUAUAUUUAUGAUAAUUUCUCUCGUAGUGUUAAUCAACUCGAGAUACUCACAACCGAAUUUUAUAUCACAAAUGUAUUCAACGUGCAACUCUAUCGUACAAAGAUUGAACAUUACGUGCACUCGUUAUGUUACCAUUUUUCCUUUAUACAUCCUCACGCACCUAUAGAAUUAUACAAUGAAUCGGCUCCCAGAGGACCUCUUGGAGCAGACUUCAAAUUAUUCAUUCAUGAACUGAAAAGCGCCAUCUCAGUUCUAUUCAGUUUUCAAAGACGACCUAUGAAAGACGAAGAAUUUAUCGCUGAAACUCGUAAAUGGCUGGAAAAAUUGAUUUCAGUCUUAUUACGAGUAUCAACAGCCAACGAUCAUCUGUUUAUAAUCCAUCACAUCAUGAGAUGCCCUGCUGGUGUUAGUAAAUGGGCAACUCGUUUUAUACAACCUCCAGUUCCUCAUAAUGGAAGAUUAUACAGUCAAAAAUACGUAGAUCAUUUGAUAACGACAUUAGCUAUAAUUUUACUACCAGUUACCGAUCGAAGUUUAUUUCUGCAACAAAUGGAAGUUGGUCUAGAAGAAAAUGGUGUGUGGGUCAUUGUUGACUCUGAUGGAGAAGACUCCGAUGAAAAUUCUACUCCUAAGACAGCCUUAAAAGAAAACGAUCUCGUAGCUUUCUUGAAUCAAAUCCCUUUUGCUGAUGUUUUCAGACAGAUUAUUUUAGUGGGUCGACGAGAAAGUGAAGACGUAUACGACGUAAACGUUAUAACAGAUCAUGAUAUAUUGAGGAGUAUCGCUAUAAGUUCGCUAUUAGUCCAUUUACUCGAUAAAGGAAUCGCUAAUUACAGCUGCUUUGGCUACAAGCAAUUUUGUAAACGACUUAGUUUGUUAAUAAAACAUACUGCCUGCUAUAUCACCGAUCAUUGGGAAUUAUUUAGAGAAGCGUACACUCAGCGAAGUAUCGUAGAUAGUGCAAUGUUGAAUCGAUUACAAACCGAAUACGAUGAAUUUUUAUUCAGAGUUGUUAACAAUUUAUACACGACAAGAGAUCGUAUCGGAUGGCAAUACUUGGCAACUUUACCUUUUAAUAUGAUUACUUCGCAUUCCUUAUGGAAAAUUUAUCAGUAUCUUUUGUACACGAAAAAUGAAAAUGAUAUUUUAAUGAGCGAAGAAUUUAUGGAAAGUAUGGCCGAAUUACCAGAUGACGAGAUCUAUUAUUUUCUCACCACAAUCACAAAUAUGGCUUUACUCAGACCUAAACAAGAUUGGUUGUUCAUUCAAACAGUCACUCUUCAGUUAUUUCAAGUCGGUUUUGUGAACGUGUCAGUUAGGGAUAAAUGUAUGAAAAAUUCACGUAUACUGAUCGCUAAUUUAACGAGUAAACACCCGGAGCUCAUUUCAGAUCUGGUAGUUUCUCUAAAAAAGGAAUUUGUUUUAGUAGGCAAAUUUUCAUUGUAUUUGUUCCGAGAGUUACCAAUUUCAAGUUGGAAACCAAAUCAUGUCGAUAGUUUAGCCUUAAACGAUUGGUUAUUAAAUUGCUGCCUCACUAGUAGUGAAAAUAACUUAGCUCGGUACAUCAUAUCGCAGCUUAAUUGGUCCACGGAUUUGAAUGAAUUGGAUUUAUUUUUACCUCGAGAAUUCCAUUGUCAAACAGCCAUAAUGAUUGUGAAAACUCUCUAUUUGUACGCCGAAGAAGUCCCAACAGCCAGUAGCACUGCCAUUAUUUCUCAAAGCGUUCGACAAGUCUCAUCUGUGGUACGAGGCCAAACACCCGAACAAAUUUUAAAUUCUUGGGCUUGGCAAAUCCUAUCCAAGUUGAAAUUGCAUUUAAUGGAUCAACCCGUUCGAAUGGUCAGGAUGGCUUUGACUGAUAUGCGGAUGACAGCUCGAAUCCCUGAUAUAAAUUCUGAUUCCGAGGAUAUGCGAAUAAUUUCCAACGGAAUUGCUCGAAAUCAAUCGGUGUCUUUUUACGUUGCUUUGUUGAUGAGUAAUUUAGGCCACGAUUUACCUUUAAUAUGUGAAAAAUGCUGGGAUUACUGCUGCAUACUUUUAUCUACUUACAAGUAUACCCAAGUUUUGCAAAUCUUGCAACUCGUUCUGCCUUAUUUCUUAGAGUCGAUCGAAUCGCUUUUAAAAUUAGAAAAAUUUCAAUCGGUAAUUAUUCAGCUUUUGAAUGCUGAUCAGACAUACAUGAAGAUGGCAAAAAAUUUAAUUAUUUCUGACUUCCCGAGACCGAUAUUGUCUCAGUUUGCUGCUCUGGUUCAGUUUCACGUUGACAAUUAUGCUAGAUACACUUUACCAAAUCCAAAUCAAAUGGUUGAAUUGUGGAUGCGGAUUCUGAGCUCAGUAUGGAAAGAAAACUGCCCCGCUGUCGCCUACUUGAUGGAUAAAAUAUUGAGCACCGUAUUAAACAACGAGCAUUUGAAACACAUGAUUAACAACAUUUUAUCCACAUUAAUCGAGCAUUCAAAUUUGGAUUUAUGGUUACAAACUUUGACGGCGAAUCGAUACACAGUGAGUGGUGGAUUAUCGUCACUUGUAAGCUGGAUAGGAUAUGGUGGCGGUGCUGAUGUUCAUAUGAUACCUGAAAGUCUUCUUCCGAGAAGUUCGGCUACGAUUACACAUUCACCGUAUUUCGCCUAUUUCGCUCUACAUCUCGAAGAAGAAUUAUUUGUGGCACAAACUUCGUUAUGGACUGAAGUUUUGAAAAAUUUAGCUUCCAUUAGUGGCAAAGCUAACGUGGACGCUGCGCUAAAGAAAGCGUGCGCUACAAAUAAAUUAAACGCAGUCGGCUCGAAUUGCCUACCAAUUUAUCGAUGGGCUCAAUACGGAAUGGAAAUCGGCCACGAUCAUCCGAUUCUACCGCUGUAUUGGCAGCGAUUUUUCCGGUUGUAUUUACAAAGAGUGCCGGGUGGUAAUUACAGCGGAUGCGUCGGAAGCAAAUUUUUCGAAGGCACGAUGAACGGAUCAUACUUUAAACGAAUCAAAAAGAAGUUACAAGAUUGUAGCGAUCAUUUCUCCACUAAACCGGUCGCUGAUCAGUUUGAAAAAGCUAAAUACGAUAAUUUGAAUCAAUUAUAUAAAACGUUAACGUUAUGGCUGGAAGAACCCAGGCUUCAAGAACCUGAUGUUUAUUUACCGGCAUUUUCAGCUGUUUUUAAUGCUCCUAAAUUGGCUGAAAUUUUACGCGGUGAAUUGAAUAUCUGGCUCGAAUACGUAGAUUUCGAUAACAUACGAGAAGAACAGAAGGAACUGAUUGGCAAAUGGGCUAGAGCUCUGUUUCGUGACGUAAAUCCGGCUUCUAAUCGUAUAUACUGUUUCCCAGAAGAUUGUGACACUUUUAAACGAAUCGUUGAAAGAUUACAAUCGUACGAUCAGAGAGUACCUCCCCCGGAAUUAUUCCUUAUGCGUUCAGCUGUACCAGAAAUUCCUCGCGAAUCGUUGCUCAAUAAAACCGUUAUGUUAGAUCACUUGGUGGAACAUUUCCAUCUUCUGGUCCAAUACACGAGGAGCUACGAAAUAGAAAAAAAUGAUCAGAUCGAAACUGCUCGUAAAUUAUUAGAAGCUUUCAAAUAUCUGUAUCAGAAUGUAGACGUAAAUGUGGAACUUCAAGCAGCCUGCGAUACUGUAUCGUCCACUUCUAAACGUAGAACUGUCUCAACCAUAAAUUGUGCUGGUCCAGCUACCCUAUUGUUUCAAGUACGAGAAAGUAGGUUGAAUAAAACCGCCAAACAUACGAUCGAGCGAUGCGAUACCGAUUUUCAACGAUUAUUGAAACAUAACUUGAAAACUCCGCCGUUUCAAGUAACCAUCGCUUGUAUCGUCAUUGAACUGGCUGCUGAGUCAUUGCAAAAAGAACGAUCCGAAGUAAGCGCAAUCGGAGAUAUCACAAUAUUGAACUCCAUACAAGAUGUAGGCGUUACUUUGUUCUAUAAAUUGACAUCCUUAUACGAUACUCAAAUUUGUGAAUAUUUUCCUACAAAAUUAUUCUUUCGUAAUAAUAUUGAAAGAUUGGGUCAGUCGUUUAUUGAUAAAAAUGAAAAUGAAUGCCCGAAAUUACUAUCAACUCUGAUGAACAAUCCUAAACUGGCGACGGUUUUAGUGCCUCAUUUCACUCCAGCUGUAGUCUCCGCGACAACGUUUGUUCAUCUGUAUCGUAAAGUGACGCUGAAAAUUAUGACAAAAAAUUCGGACUUCAUUUUGAACGUUUUAACCAAAUUCAGCGUUAAAGAAUGGUUGCGUACGAAAUCUCCUAGACUAGCAGAUCGUUCGCAGAUGGUAGAAAUUCUAUCUCAAGCCUUAAAAGACAUUGGAUCUCAACCUUUAGAAUCACUCUCAUGUAUUCAUAAGAUUUUGAGACGAGAUCUGUGUGAAAUUCUAGUCCACGAAUUUCCUGAACAUUACGGCGAAAUUUUACACGUCUUAUUGAAAUACUCCGCUGAAGAAAAAUUCUCUUGCGAUGUAUGGUUUGAUGUAUUGAACUCGUUGUUCAUCUGUGCCAAUGGUAGUUCCAAUUUAUUCAUAGACAAUGAUGUGGUACCACUUCGACCUGGCCUUUCAUUAGCUCAAAUUAGAGAUGUCGCUCGAAAAUACGCUUCUGAACUGCGUAGUUUGACGUUUCAAGAGCUUGUCGAGACUGCUAAUGUAUUAGGAAGUAAUUUUUUGAAAGAACGUCAGCAGUAUGGAUUGUACGGAUUAUAUCCAAAAUACACCAAAUACAUUGAGCCAAUAAUUGCGCUGCAUAGUAUGAUUGGACAUGCAGCAAUUACCAGCAUUCUUCAUGUCCAAAGAGGAGCUCUGGCCGAUAAAAUUUCCGAAAAAAUAUUACCCGUUUUGGUAAACCUAUUUUCUCCAUGGAUCGUUCCAUAUUUCACUGGUAAUCUACAAGAACCUUUGGCACCAUGGAUACAGCAACUGAGUGAAGAUAGAUCGGUGCUAUUACCUUGGGUGCCUAGCGACGUUGCUGUAGCUAAUAAAAUGAUGUCAACGUUCACCGAAUGCGUAAAAUUUAUAUCGGAAGCUUUACCAGCUUCGAAUGUGAUUUUGAGCACCGUUUGUAAAUGGUACAUCUCGCAAUACGCUAAUCAAUCCGUUAAAGAGCACGUAUUGACGAUUGUGCAAAAUAAUCUAAUCACUUUGAAUUGGUCUCGCUUUGUGCCAUCGGUCGAAGACUUGGAAUGGAUAUUAAAAGUCAUAGAUCAAUAUUUACCGGUAUGUCAUUCGUUCUUGGGUUCUAUCUUUAUUGAAAUACCUUGGAAUGUAGUCGUACAGAGUGAAUCGUCGCCUCAAAUCACAGCUAGAAUCCAUAUUAUACUGUUACAUUUACUCAUAAAGUUGGCCAAUGAACCUAAUUUAAGACAGAGCGGUAAAGUAAGCGUUUUACUCAUGGAAGCCCGCCAUUAUCAUUGGCAUUUGGUGGAUGCAGCUAAUUACGAACACGUCUUAGAUUGGUUUGUUAUGAGCUACGAUUCUCGCGUCAUAUUACUUUUAACUGACGAAGACUGGAAUGGCAUAGAUAUGGCUGCUUUCGAUUUAUUACAAGUGGCUGCCGGAUACGUAACUGAUAUCAAUAAUUUCCAUCAGACUACGUUACGCAAACGCCAAAUGUUCGUGAAAGCUUGCGUCAGGAUGGCUUUACAAUUAGCCAACCGGUAUAAGGCUGUUUUGGCGGUGCAUCAAUCCGAUAUGGAAUCCGCUUUGGUUAGGAUGCUCGAUAAAAUGGAGUCUGUCGUGAAUCAAACGGUGGUUGCCGAAAAUCGAGCUUCGGAAUGUGCUAUCCUCUUAUCAGAAUUACUGGUGCUAAUUAAUCAACCCACGGGUGGCAUGUUACCCGAGCUGAUGACUCAAGUAUUACUAAACUGGUUGAGUAAUAGAUCAGCCAGCAGUCCUGUGCUGCAGGGAUUAUUACGUAUCAUUGGAACAACGAUCAAUGAUCAUAUUCAUCUGGGCGUCAUUAUGGAAACUUGUCUGGCAUCGUGGUUUAAGAAUUUAGAUGAUACGGAAGCCUACGAUUGGGAAACUGUAUUAAAUAUAAUGCAACCCGUUGCCCCGGCUCACACAUCCAUCGAAGAUAGUUUAGUGACUAAUAACCAAAUCUUAUCUUUAUACGCUCUUACUCUGAAACAAAUGAGAAACGACGGAAAUAUUUUCAUCUACAGUAAACUGAUCCAGUGGGUUAUAUGCCUAAAGCCUAAUACGGAUAACGAAAGUAAACUGCCAUUAUUAUGGUCGCUAGCAUUCAAGGAAUGCAGCCAAAAUAUACAAGAAAUUAUGCCAUCUUUACUCAAGCUUUGCAAUCACUUUCAGCAAAUAAUUAAUAUGAAACCGGGCUGGGCUCUGUUUGGAGUCAUUGGCAUGAAUAAACAAACCGUGCCCUCGAUAAGGUGUAAAAUUUUAUGCAACGCUUUGAACGCGUUUAUUUUAAUGAAGUUGAGCGCUGAAAAUAGUAAAAGCAGCGUUGAAAAAGGCGAAGUAACUAGUCCAGAAACGGCAGACAAAGAAAGUGACAGAAGUUUAACGUUGGUUAGUGCUGAAUGUAUUAAAGCGAUAUCAAAUCUCGAUUCUUUGGCAAACGACAAACACUACGCCGAAUAUAGAAUCACCAUUGAUUCAGCUGUCAGAUUGAUCAAAUCUAAAGAAGUGACCCUUAGUCAAGGCGAACAGUUCAUUUUGACAUUGGCCAAGCAACUGUACACUGAAGGAUAUAUUCACGCUUUUCACUGCGAAACGAUUUUAUAAUCGUGAUGAGAUUUUUUUCUCCCUUGUCUGUUGUGUGUAUGGGUUUGUAAUCUGCUUACCUGCUGUGAUAUACCUUUACUAAUAUUUCGUUUCUCACCCUUUUUAUGAUUAUUAUUUUUUUUUAAUUUUAGUUUUGCCUUUCCUUUUUUCAUUUAUUAAAAUAUUAAUUAAUUGAUUACGGAUAGUGAAUUAAUUAUGUUGAAGGAAUAUUUGUAGUUAGGGAUGUAAUACGAAUUAAAUCUUUCGCGAAUACCUUUGACAAAAAGCUUUAAUUUUGUGAGGAAUUUGUAAUGCGGAAUUACCUAAUCAUGUUCACCGUGUUUAUCUUUUCUUUUUCUUUGCAGUUCUGUAUUUACUAAUUGAAUAAAUUCCGUGUCUUAGUCAUUUUAUUUUAGCGAGCUAUAUACUUAUUUGUGAUACCUGUUUAUUUUUCGAGAACAUUAUGUUAUUUAAUAAAUAUUUUUGAAAGUCUA